AUGGACCGACGAACUUCCAGCGCCAAUACUGCAUCCAACCCUAGCAACCAAAACACUGUUCCCCCCAACAUUGGUGACCGCCGACGAUCCAGCAACGCGGUCCUCUUUAGCGGGCUGUCAACCCAGAAGAGAAACCCAUUGGAUACCAACAUGGCGACGAGAAGGGAGAGUUGGAAGGAGCAGUCAAAUCCGGGAGGGUUUUUGUCCAAGUGGUGGGAUGGGUAUACCAAAGGUCAUUAG